GCCGCCGCUGCCCCCCGCCGCCCGCCGCCGCCGUCCUGCUGCUCGUCCUGCUCCUGGCCGGAGCUCUCGGUGGGGCCCACGCCCUGACCUGCCUCUGCUCCGACUGCAAGCAGGCAAACUCCACCUGCGAGACCGACGGCGCCUGCAUGGUCUCCGUCUUCAACCUGGAUGGGGUCAAGCACCACGUCAGGACCUGCAUCCCUGAGGCCAAACUCAUCCCUGCUGGGAAACCUUUCUACUGCCUGAGCUCCGAGGACCUGCGCAACACUCACUGCUGCUACUCUGACUUCUGCAACAAGAUCGAUCUGAUGGUUCCCAGCGGACACCUGAAAGAUAAUGAACCCCCAUCGAGCUGGGGUCCUGUGGAGCUGGUGGCAGUGAUUGCUGGACCUGUCUUCUUGGUGUCUGUGGUCAUGAUCGUGGUGGUCUUUGUCUUCCAUCACCACCAACGAGUCUACCACAACCGCCAGCGGCUGGACAUGGAGGACCCCUCCUGUGAAAUGUGCCUCUCCAAGGACAAGACCUUACAGGACCUGGUCUAUGACCUCUCCACCUCUGGCUCUGGCUCAGGGCUGCCGCUGUUCGUGCAGCGCACGGUGGCUCGAACCAUCGUGCUGCAGGAGAUCAUCGGCAAAGGUCGCUUCGGGGAGGUGUGGCGAGGCAGGUGGCGUGGAGGCGACGUGGCCGUGAAGAUCUUCUCCUCCCGAGAGGAACGAUCCUGGUUCAGGGAAGCAGAAAUCUACCAGACGGUGAUGCUGCGGCAUGAGAACAUCCUGGGCUUCAUCGCCGCCGACAACAAAGAUAAUGGUACCUGGACCCAGCUCUGGCUUGUCUCUGACUACCACGAGCAUGGAUCCCUCUUCGACUACCUGAACCGCUACACGGUGACCAUCGAGGGCAUGAUCAAGCUGGCCCUGUCUGCUGCCAGUGGCCUGGCACACCUGCACAUGGAGAUUGUGGGCACUCAGGGAAAGCCUGGGAUUGCUCACAGGGAUCUGAAGUCCAAGAACAUCCUGGUGAAGAAGAAUGGCACCUGUGCCAUCGCUGACCUGGGCCUGGCCGUGCGCCACGACUCGGUGACAGACACCAUCGACAUCGCCCCCAACCAGAGGGUUGGCACCAAACGGUACAUGGCCCCUGAAGUCCUGGAUGAGACCAUCAACAUGAAGCAUUUUGACUCCUUUAAGUGUGCUGACAUCUAUGCCCUGGGCUUGGUCUACUGGGAGAUUGCUCGGAGGUGCAAUGCAGGAGGUAUCCAUGAGGAGUAUCAGCUGCCCUACUAUGACCUGGUGCCCUCUGAUCCAUCGAUUGAGGAGAUGAGGAAGGUUGUGUGUGACCAGAAAUUGCGACCCAACAUCCCCAACUGGUGGCAGAGCUACGAGGCUCUGCGGGUGAUGGGCAAGAUGAUGCGGGAGUGCUGGUACGCCAACGGCGCGGCGCGGCUCACCGCCCUGCGCAUCAAGAAAACCCUCUCCCAGCUCAGUGUCCAGGAGGAUGUCAAAAUCUAGGCCCUGAGCAGCACCCCCUUAAGAGCAGGAGGAGACUGCACAACAGCUGCCAUGCUAGAGUAAACCUGUGAUGGAUGGAGGCCUACCUCGUGUUUCUGCCCGACCUCCCCCCUGCCCUCCGCCGCCAACCCAAACGGCUUCUACCUGGCAAGCUGCUGGCUGGGGCGAGGGAGCCUCUGGAGUGGCUCUGCCCCUGCCUGGGUAUGAAACAAUCAGAAACCUUUUUUUUUUGAUGAUGAUCACCUCCUGACAGCGUUGAAGACUUUGAGAGGGACUGAACCUGAGGGAUCUCAGCCAUGAUUGUAACUCUUGUUCCUUUCACACGAGUGAGUCCCUGCUGGCCUCGGCCAGCGGCGUCUGGAGCUGGUGGCUGUGCCCGGUGCUGGGUUGGGGAGGCAGGAAAAGAGGAGAAGGGACUGGGAAGAGCCUUUUAUUUUUGGUGGGGGUUGUUUGGUUUGGUUUAUCAUUUUGCCAUGCUCUGAGGAUUAUUAUUUCAUUGGUUUUUUUUCUGCCAGAGACCAACAGGUGAAAGGCAGGAGGGGAAAAAAGAAACCACACCCAAAAGUUUCCAGUCCUUGGUGCUCCCUCCCCAGCCUGAGCAGUUCACCAAACCAUUUCCCUCCUUGGGUUUUGGUUUCUUUCUCUUUCCUUUAAGCUUGAACUCUUCCCAAGUGGCUCCAGAGCAUCCUGCCCAGCCUUGGUUGGCAUCUGCAUGCAUUGGGUGCCCCUGAGCCUGUCCCAUCCUUCUGCUGCCACUCGGUGUCACCUCCACCCCAGGGAGCUCAUCUCUGUUGGAGCUUUCUGUGCAUGUGUGGAUCUCAAGUGUCCCCUUCUGAGUUGCCCCUUCUGAGUUGCCCCUUCUGAGUGUCCCUUCUGAGUGUCCCUUCUGAGUGUCCCCUCUUGAGUUGCCCCUCUUGAGUUGCCCCUCUUGAGUUGCCCCGCUCUGAGUGCCCCCUUUUGAGUGCCCCCUUUUGAGUGCCCACUCUGAGUGCCCCCUUUUGAGGUGCCUCCCCUGAGUGUCCCCUCUGAGUGCCCCUUGUGAAUGUCCCCUGCUCUGAGCUGUGCUCUCCCUGGUGAGCAGUGAAGGUUGCCAGGCUUGGGCAGGCUGCUCCACACUGGCCCCGUGGCUCUCUGCUGGCUGCUGUCCCUUUGCUGUCCCCAUCAGGGUGCUUCACUGCCACUCCCUGCCCUUCUGUUUUUAGGGACAAAGCAAAUGAGGAAUUGUCUUUGCUCCUGGAAUCCAGGGGCUGGGGUUGGGUUUUGUUGUCCUGAGCCCUUUGGGUUUGUAGUUUUUUGGUAGAGAACCUGGGGUGGAAGGGAGGAGGUGGCACAGGGCUGGGCUGUGUGUUAGGGUCUUGGAGCUGGAGUAGGCACUGAGCUGGCUGGAGUCGGGGGAAACACACCAGGCUGGAGGUAGAGGAAUGCAGGAGGAUGCUCUCCAAGGAAGCAAACUCCCAAGUCCACCAUCCAGGCACCCUCAGCAACAGGAGGCAAACUUGUGAGGUGCUUUGGGUCUGCAGAAAGGCUGCUGCAGGGGCUGGGAAGUGCUGCUGAGCUGCUUCUUAUCCAUGGAGAAGUAUCUCCUGGUUUGCAAGUGUCUGUUCAGAGCUGAAGGGCAGGGGUGGGAGGCUGCCAGGCUGCAGGGGUGGGAGGCUGCAAGGCUUUGGGUUUGGUUAAAUGCUGAGGCAGGGUGAAGCAGAGCUGGGUUUGACUCUUCUCUGCAGCUGGACCUGGCUGGAAUAGGAAGGAGCUGAGGUCUUGGAUCUGCUGUGCUGGUGGCAGCAGCUCAGGCAGCCUGGGGUGUGCCGGUGGCAUCAGCUCAGUCAGGUUGGGAUGUGCUGGUGGCAGCAGCUCAGGCAGGCUGGGAUGUGCCUGGUGGCAGCAGCUCAAGCUGGGAUGUGCCUGGUGGCAGCAGCUCAGCCAGGUUGGGAUGUGCCUGGUGGCAGCAGCUCAGCCAGGUUGGGAUGUGCCUGGUGGCAGCAGCUCAGCCAGGUUGGGAUGUGCCUGGUGGCAGCAGCUCAGGCAGGCUGGGAUGUGCUGGUGGCAGCAGCUCAGUCAGGUUGGGAUGUGCCUGGUGGCAGCAGCUCAGCCAGGUUGGGAUGUGCCUGGUGGCAGCAGCUCAGGCAGGCUGGGAUGUGCUGGUGGCAGCAGCUCAGUCAGGUUGGGAUGUGCCUGGUGGCAGCAGCUCAGGCAGGCUGGGAUGUGCUGGUGGCAGCAGCUCA